GCCGUGGUGGAGAAGGGAAGAGAAGUGGGUGGGUCAACACAUAGCUAGAGGUGGACUUGACAGGGCAGGAUAAGAAUGCAGAGGGAUGACUGCCUGUGGCCAAAGCAAGCAGUCCUUAGGAUGACUUUCUGAGUGACUUAAGAGUGGGACGGAGACCCGAGGAAUAUUAGGGUAGCUCCCUGGGGCAUCUUGAGUUGAGCUGUCAACUGGAGCUUCCUAAAUGGCAGUUAGGUUCCUCUGUCCUCACAGGAAGUUUGAUGUGGUCUUGGUGGGAUGGGAACGAAGGCAGAAAAGCUGGGUUCCACCCCUCAAGGACCAGUUCUGACCGGCUGAGUUGGAGAGAAGGCACUGGCCAAGCAGCAGUCCGGAAAGCAGAAGGCUUCAGGGACUGCGGCAAGUUACACCCCAUAGGUCCCUGAGGAGGAAGUGGUCAGUUUCACCGGGGAGCCACAGAAACACAGCCCGACAGACUGACUGGAAAGCUGUGCUGUAGGAGGUGACCAUGGGUCAGUGUCAAGUGCUGCUUCUCAUGCCAGUGACGCCCUUGCCCCAAAAGCACAUGGUCAGAGCAUCUGAGUCCUCUCAGGCCCGGUAACCUGUGAUCUCAGCAGGAGGUGGACGCAGAGGGGUCUGCUCACAGGGCUUUGAUGUUCCAGCCUGUGCUUUGAAGCACUAAGCUUCACCACCGGGGCUACAGCUGAGGUGGUAGAGGGCAGCCAGGUGCCACAGCGUUGCUCCACCCUGCUCUGAGGUAGCUGCUGUUUCUCGAGAACAGGGAGACUGAAUCCCUUGCUUGGGCAGAGGUGAUCACAAGUCUUCUCUCCCUUACCGCAGAGUAAGGGAGAGGACCUUAGCGCUUUCACUUCUGUGUAUCCUGUGUGAGGCCAAGCACUGCUUCUUGAUGGCACGUGGAGCUAGGGGCCGUGUGUUUCCCGGGCUUUCCAGCUGGCACUUGGCUUUGUGUUUGGGGCUAGUGACUUUCUGCAUGGUCACCUAGAGGUGGGGAGCUAGACAAGCUCUCUGAAAGAAAGGAAGGCUGAAUAGUGGACAAAGAGCACCAUAGUGAUCAGGUAGGAAGUCAUCAGAAGGUGGCGGGCCAGUAAGUAAGGCUGUCCUGGCGUGUAGCAUGCUCCUCCAGGGAGGGGACGCAGUGGUUCAGAGGGAGCAUAGUGUUUUUCCUGCAGUGUUGGAGACUCAGUCCAGGCCCUCCACAUGCUCGGCCAGCACUGCAAGCAGCAGAGCUGGGGACCUGUGACCUCCGUAUCCAGCUAGCCAUGGAACAGUUUGGCUCUGGCCACCAGCCCCUUAGGUGAGGACUCCGUCUGGGGCCCAUUGCACAGUCAUGUCAUGGAGGUGAAGAGGACUCUUCCAGCCAGGGGAACUGUCCUUUGAAAACCGUGGUCCAGCUCUGCCAGUUCUUCCUGCUAACCAUCUUCAAGCGAGGCUCCUGCUCCUGCUGGCCCACGGAUGGGGAGGUGGGCCCUUGAUGUCGCCUUUGUGUGGAAGGCGGUGCUGACGCUGGGCCUGGUCCUCCUCUACUACUGCUUCUCCAUAGGCAUCACCUUCUACAACAAAUGGCUGACCAAGAGCUUCCACUUUCCCCUCUUCAUGACCAUGCUGCAUCUGGCCGUGAUCUUCCUCUUCUCAGCCCUGUCCAGGGCGCUGGUUCAGUGCUCCAGCCACAGGGCCCGAGUGGUGCUCAGCUGGACUGACUACCUCAGAAGAGUGGCCCCCACAGCACUGGCAACAGCACUCGACGUGGGCCUGUCUAACUGGAGCUUUCUCUACAUCACCGUAUCCCUGUACACAAUGACCAAAUCGUCCGCCGUGCUCUUCAUCCUGAUCUUCUCUCUGAUCUUCAAGCUGGAGGAGCUGCGUGCAGCCCUGGUCCUGGUGGUCCUUCUCAUCGCUGGGGGCCUCUUCAUGUUUACCUAUAAGUCCACACAGUUCAACGUGGAGGGCUUUGCCUUGGUGCUGGGGGCUUCAUUCAUCGGCGGCAUCCGCUGGACCCUUACACAGAUACUUCUGCAGAAAGCUGAACUGGGCCUUCAGAAUCCCAUUGACACCAUGUUCCACCUGCAGCCACUCAUGUUCCUGGGACUCUUCCCUCUCUUUGCCAUAUUUGAAGGUCUCCAUUUGUCCACCUCAGAGAAGAUCUUCCGCUUCCAGGACACGGGGCUGCUCCUGUGGGUUCUUGGGAGCCUCCUCCUUGGCGGGAUUCUGGCCUUCGGUUUGGGCUUCUCCGAGUUCCUCCUGGUCUCCAGAACGUCCAGCCUCACUCUCUCCAUCGCUGGCAUUUUUAAGGAAGUCUGCACCCUGCUGCUGGCGGCUCACCUGCUGGGUGAUCAGAUCAGCCUCCUAAACUGGCUGGGCUUCGCACUCUGCCUCUCCGGCAUCUCCCUGCAUGUGGCCCUCAAGGCCCUGCAUUCUAGAGGUGAUGACGGCCCUAAGCUCCCGAAGGGCCCGGACCCCAGCGCUGACCUGGAGCUGCUGCUUUGGAGCAGCCAGCAGGAAGAAGAUGACGAGGAGUAUUUUGUGACCCAGGGGCAGCAGUGACCAGACCAGGAGCAGUGGAAGCAAGCCACUCUGCUGACCACUCUUGGUGGGGACCGGGGGCCCAGCUGCUUCCUCAGAGCAACUGCAGGUGGUGGCCUCAGAGUCACCUGUAGGACCCUAGUGGGGGUGAGGGUGGCUUCUGCUCUUUUCCUGGGGAGCGUGGUCCAAAAAGUGGAUGCCAGGCUCACCCAGGACCUGAGCUGGCAGUGAAGGGAGCCAGUAACCUCUUCUCCACUGUUGUUCUGGCUCCGAGAGCCAAGAUGAACUUCAGAUGUGUGUAGUUUCUCGGGUUGCUGGGUUCGGACUGCAGGGCAUAGCAUCUGGGAAGGAGCCGUGGAGAGGCUGGGCCUCAUCACCUGGACAGCAGCUUCCUCAGAGAGUGGAUUUAUUUAUAGUUGAAAUAAUGAUUUCCUUCUCCACUGCCCAAUAUUGCCUGAGGCAUGAGAGCAAGGAGAACCCUGGGGCCUGGCCUCUCCUUCCCCUGCCUGGGGCCUUUUCCUCUGCCCUGUCCUGCCCUCUGUAGCUCAUGCUCCUCUUUCUGCCCCAGACCGCAUCCUUGGGGCCAUACUACAGACCCACCACCAGAAAUAAACGAGUAUUUGCACAGUA